GCUCACGACCCUAAUGAAUUAUGCCUUUCAAAAAUGAAAGAGACGGCUAAAAGAGUACUCGAAGACCAAGGUUCUGGUAGCGGAAAGUAUUCAUAUGGCACAACGGGAUUUGGGGUAAUAGCCAUGACUAAAGACGAGGAUAUGUUGAAGAGAAAAACACUGCUGGACUUUAAUCUCCAGGUUGACGAUUGUGUGAGGCAAUUGGGCAGCCACGCGAUUGAGGUUCUAGACGUUUACUAUAGCGAUGGAAGUGUUUUGAAUGUUUUGGGAGAAGAAAGGGAGCGCUUAACGAAAACAGAAUAUAACAUCCUUAUUGCAGGCGAAAGUAGCGCCGGAAAAAGUAGUUUAGUCAAUCUUAUUCUCGGCGAAGAGCUUCUUCCACAUCACAAUCUCAAUACCACCUCCACAAUAUGCGAGGUAAAACAUGGGGAAAAACGAGAAUUGAUUGCUCACUAUAACUACGAUGAGGAACAAAGGAUGCGGCCCAAACCUGAAAUACAUCCGUUGAGAACAAAAGAAGAAUGCGGCAAAAAUUACUGUGAACAAAUCGCUCCCUUCGUGCAAAGGAAGUCCAACGAAAGAUCUAAAUAUACUAGAGUAGAAAUCUUUUGGCCGCAUGAAUUACUUGAGGAAGAAAUUGUUAUUGUCGAUAGUCCAGGCCUGGGUGAAUGUGAUGAAAUGGAUGCAGUUCUGAUGAAUUAUCUUCCGAAUGCUUUUGCGUUCAUUUAUGUUCUUGACGUUUCCCGUGCUGGAGGAAUACAGAAAGAUAUCAAAGAGAAGUUAAGGAACAUCUUAAAAAAGGUGAAGUCAUCUGAUGGCGGCGUUGAGACCCUUCACCAUUUAGCCGAAUGUUCGCUUUUUAUCUGCAAUAAAUGGGAUCAAGUAAAAGAGGAGAAAGAGGCCAUCGAAGUACAGGAAUAUGGCGGAGUCACAGAAGAGUUCAAUGAUUUACUCCAAAAAAUUAAGACGAUGAGUAACCUACUUCUUCAACCCAAGAGGUGCAAUCAACUCACCAAGAAACCCGUGAACGAAUGGAAGAAAUCGAGAGACGCAUCGAAAAGAUUGAACGAAAGAGCAAGAUGUAAAGAGAGAAAUGGAGGAAAGAGUGAAAACCCAGACCAAAGUUCUCCAAGCCAAACUGAAGUUAUAUCUACUCGAUGGAUUUCAAAACGAAAUUCUGCUCUUGGACGAAUUGUGCACUUCCGAAGGAGAAAUAACUUGGGAAAUGACAAAGAGAAACAUCAAAGAAGCAAUUGA